CUUAAAGAGUAUCCACGUAGUUACCGAGGUAUCCACGUAGUUGCCGCCAUGAUGAAGGCCCUUGUUUUGUCGUUGUGCGUUGCUCUGGCAAUUGCCGGAUACGACAAGAAAGUCUACAAUCCAUUGGCAUCUCCUUAUACCGUCGGACCUUAUAACAGUCUGCUUGGAAACUUAGGAUAUGGUGGAAACCUUCUUCGAUAUGGUGGAAACUAUCUUGGAUAUGGUAGAGGCUUACUUGGAUAUGGUGGCUAUUAUCCAGGAUUUGGUAGAUAUCCAUACAACAAUCUAGGAUAUUACUCUGGAUACGGUUAUGGCAACAACUAUCUGGGAAACAACUACUACGGAUAUUCCCCAUACAACAACCUUAAUUCUCUCUAUGGAUACAACUUCCAGGCCGGAUACUAUCCCGGUGUAUUGCCCGGUUCAUUUCCAGGUACAUAUCCAGGACUAACCAACCCUAAUGUCGUAUAUCCCGGAAACACCCUCACCACCUACCCAGGAGUCGUCAAAAAAGUUUACUAAAAUGGUUCUCCCCGGCAACGAAGAUUAAUUCAUAACGACUGAUUCUCAACCAAUCUCACAAUAUCUGUUAUUGUUUAUCAAAAUAAAUGUUUCUAGCAGCAUCUUA